AUGGGGGUUAAAAUGCGAGUAGGCUCCUGGAACAUGUACAAUGACAUAUGGCACUCGGUGCGCGAAGCGACGGAGAGUAUAACUCCCACGCGUUUUAAGAGUGGUUCCCGAGUGAAGUUCCUGAGGGACAGGUUUUCGUGCACCCCUUUUGACAUCAUGUGCCUACAGGAGGUAUCCCCAGUGAUGAUCCCUAGUCUGCAAAAAGAAUGUUCUUAUUAUAAAAUGACGUUGGUGGCGCCCCCGCAAAGUACCCUGACACCGAACAGCAACAACUGCUGCGUCUUAUUCGACAAAAAAUUCAAGCUGCUUGGCAAAAAACAUUUUAAUCUCAGCGAGGCGGUGUCCACUCAUCUUUUGCGUUACGCUCACCAGGGGGAGAGUGACAUCGAGGAUGCAUUCAUUAAGGAGCUCAGAAUGAGGACCAGUAUGGCGACGAUGCUUCUCCUGGAGCUUCCCCAAACGAAAACCCUUUUAUCCGUUUGUAACUGUCACAUACACUGGAACCCCGCAUAUGCAGACGUGAAGGUUUUUCACACCUUCCUCAUUGUUAAGGAGCUCUUUCAUUUUGUGCGUUCCGCCCUUGAGCGUUUCCCCUUUGUCCCUCUGCUGCUGGUGGGGGAUUUCAACUCCACUCCCCGUUUGUGCGCUGUACAAAUAGCGCUCCCCACACUGCUUGCGUCAAACUGCCUUUCUCAGCAUUUGCAAGGACCCGUCGCGGACAACCAGCUGAGCGGAGUGUACGAACUUAUAACCACCGGCAGACUGCCCACGAAGCACCCUCACCAUCCGGCGGAGCUGCGGAACGACGAAGCCUUCCUGAGGUACCCAGACCUCCUGGUGGAUCCGUUUCAAAGCGCCUUUAAGGAGAAAAUUCCCUUUGUCGAGCAGGUUAACGGAGCCGAACCCGAAUUCACGAACAAAACGACAACGUUCUCUGGGUGUAUAGACUUUGUUUUUUUUAAAGGACUUAUUCCCCUGUCGGCCAAAACUGUUCCUGAAGACCUGGGAAAGAGUGAAGUACUGCCCAAUGGGAAAAUACCUUCGGAUCAUCUUCUCCUGGCGUCUGAAUUUUUUCUCGUUUAA